AUGAGUAUUAUCUCCAGUGUUGUUGGGAAGCCACUAUUGUUGGAUGGACCAACUGCUGCUCGUACUAGAAUGACUUUUGCCCGUGUUUGUGUAGAAAUAAACCCACAGUCAGAUUUGAAGAAGGUCAUUCCAGUAGUCUUUGAGAAUGGGAAGGAGUGUACUGUUACUGCUGAUUACGUCUGGAAGCCUCCCCAGUGCAAGAUAUGUUCAACCUUUAGUCAUAAUGAAAGUAAAUUCCCUAAGAGAGUAGUCUCACAUGUGCCUGCAGUAAUGUAUGUUCCUAGAUUGAAAGAAAACAGUGGUAACUCUUUGAAACCUUCCUAUAGUCAGCAACAACAGGAUGUUGUGAUGCAAUCUGUGAAUAGAGAGUGGGCUCCAGUAACACAUAAGAGAAAAUCAAUGAAGAUUGGUGGAGAUGAUGGCGUAAAAGAUAAAAUAAAUGAUGUUCAAGACUCUUCUCCUAUGUAUCCUCCUGGGUUUGAACCUGGUAGGAUUAUAAUAGGCUCAAUGCAGUUAACAUCUUACCAGAACUCCUUUUCUCCUUUAUUUGAUGAUGCAGUUGUAGAGGCAGGGACAAUAGAGGGUGCUGGUGAUCAGGCCAUGAAAGAAAUUACUAAUACUCAUGUGGAUGGAGGACCUAAUGUGGGUAUGGAUUUGAUUGAACAAUCUAGUGAUUGUUUUAAGAUUUGGUCAAAAGGCUCCACUAGCAAGGCAGGAGGAGCUCCUUUCAUGGGUGUCAAAGGUACUGACCUAAAGAAAUCGGGUCGGAGUGCCAUUCAACAUAGCCCUUGGUUUAUUCUCACAAUUGUUUAUGGACAUAAUGUUGAAGAGUUACGAGUAGAUAUGUGGAACACAAUUGCAAGAUUUGCUGCCACAAAUAACUUACCAUGGUGUUUAUUGGGAGACUUCAAUGCGUGUUUGUAUAAUCAUGAAAAGGAAGGGGAUGUUAAUGUGACUUCUACUUCGCUCAGCAGCUUCCAAGGGUGUUUUCAAGAUGCUCAAUUAUUUGACUGCCCAUUUGUGGGUUGUUUUUAUACGUGGUCCAAUAAACAAGAUGCCUCAACCAGAAUAUCCUGUAAGCUGGAUAGAGUUAUCAUUAAUCUUCAGUGGCUGGAUCUUUAUCCUGAUUCUAUAACCGAUUUUCUGACUUGUGGCAUCUCUGACCAUUCCCAAAUGCUUCUCAGUGUUUUUCAUGGUAGAGGGAAUGUCCCUAAAGCAUUUAGAUACUUCAAUACUUGGGCUGAUGAUAUUGACUUCCUUGCAGUAGUAGAAGCAGCUUGGAAUAUGGAGGUACAAGGCACCCCUAUGUACAGAUUUGUGUCCAAGCUGAAGAAUGUCAAGCAAUUCCUUAUUCCAUGGAGGAAGAGCAGGUUUACGAACUUUAGUGCCCAAGUUGGUGCUGCUAAGACUCAACUUGAGAGUGUGCAAAGAGCCCUCCAGGUGAACCCCUCUUGUCCUGUCACCAUUGCCAAUGGGAGAGCAGCUAUUCAAGACUAUUCCAAGAAGGUUAGAUACGAGGACUCGAUGAAGAAAUAA